AUGGAAUUGGCAAUGAUCGACCGGCUGGAAGUGACCGGUCUUCCUAUGGAAAACAACGUGGUGGUGGCCGGUAUCGGCUGUUCCGGCAACUUGGUCCAUCUGCUGGAGGGCGACCAGCCUUACGGCAUGCACGGAAUUCACGGCCGCUCCCUGCCCAUAGCAAUGGGUGUAAAGAUGGCCCGGCCCGAGCUCAAUGUGGUCGUGGUGGCCGGCGAUGGGGACUUCCUCAGCAUCGGCGGCGAACACAUCGGGCCCCAGGCAUCCCGCAACGUGAACAUCACCGCAGUUAUUAUGGAUAACGGCGUCUACGGCCUAACCAAGGGCCAGAGUUCGCCGACGACCAAGCUGGGUGUCAUAACCAGUUCCACUCCCUACGGUAAGAUCGAGGCCCAGAUAAACCCGCUCGAGCUGUAUCUGACCCUCGGCGUUUCCUUCGUGGCCUCCGGGUUCUCCGGACAGCCAAGGCCGCUUUCCCAACUGAUCAAGCAGGGCAUGGAACACGAGGGAUUCUCCAUAGUUCACGUGCAGUCUCCCUGCACCACCUACAACGACACGUUCGAGGAACUGAAGGGCAACCCCCGCAAGGGCAUUGAGCCGACUUUGUGGGAUGUACCCGAAGAACACGACAGUUCCAGCAAGGGCGCGGCCUUCGACCUGUUGCAGCGCGGCGGCCUGCCCGUUGGUGUGGUCUACAACGACGAGUCGCGGCCCUCCUUGGGGCAUCGUGUGGAAACCAUGUGGGACACUGCCCGGGCCCGCUCUGCCGAAGAGCUGAUGACCGCCUUCGAAUUCUAG